AUGCGCCUGGUGUGUCAUAAGGCUCUCUACCAUCAUGUUGUAAAGCACGCGCUCCAGCUCCAGCCUCGGGCAAGACAAGUCCAAUUCCUCCGCACUUUUAAUUCCACCUCCGACAAUGCCAACCACCACCAGCCUUCCUUUGUUGAGCAAAUAGAUGCCUUGCGUGAGGACCUGACAUCGAAAACCACGAAUCCAUCAGCCCAAAAAGUGGCCGUCUUAGGCGGUGGUAUCACCGGUCUAGCUGCGGCUUUGCAUCUGAGAUGGCACGUUGAUGCCGAGAUCACAGUCUACGAAAAGAGCAGUCGGCUCGGAGGAUGGAUCGACUCAGAAGUGGUUCAAGUCGACGACGGCAAAGUUCUCUUUGAAUGGGGCCCUCGAACUCUGCGGCCUGGGCUUGAGGGCACAGGCAUAUCCACCGCCGAUAUGCUUGCUCGCCUGGACCAUAUACGUGAUGAACUCCUGAUAAUACCCAAGGCUAGCCCUGCCGCGACCAAUCGAUAUAUUUUCUAUCCCGACCAUCUCACUCGCAUGCCUGCCCCCUCGACGGACCUAAUCCAAGUCCUUCGCAAUGUGUAUGGGCUGUUCACCGAGCCAAUCUUCCAUGGCAUGUUUCAGGCUCUCUGGAACGAACGCUUUGUCGCUCAACGCAACCCUAAAGUGAGGGAUGAGUCUGUCGGGGACUUCUUACAACGGAGAGUUGGCAAGAGUUUGACGGACAAUAUAGUUUCUUCGAUAUUCCAUGGAAUCUACGCCGGAGAUAUAUAUAAACUGAGUGCUCGGACUUUAUUGCCAGUGCUAUGGUACCUUGAGAUAAGAAACAAGGAAAAUUUUGCAGGAAUUUCCACAGAAAUGGCGCAACUCACGCUCGACCGCCUCGCGAUCGGCCUUCAAUCGGCUUCUCAAUUCUCCAAACUGAGGUGGUUCGACGCACCAGACUCCACGGAAUUGUUAGACGUCCUUGAACGAGCAAGCGUAUACACAUUCAAACGUGGCUUGGGCCAGCUCAUCUCUUCUUUGGAGACCGUCCUGAAUCGAGUAGCCAAAAUGAGAAUCUUGAAAUCUUCACCGGUUGAAGAUGUCACAUUCGACAAGAAGACCCAAAAGAUCUCAAUCAAGACCAAAGAUACGACGUCGACUUAUGAUUAUGUGGUUUCGUCGUUAGAUCCAAGCGCGAUGAAGCAAUUCAUGGCCAGGAACGCCAAUACUCGGGGCGUGACAUUCGACCAGAAAGUUGCGACUGCUUGUGACCACAGCAAUGUCUCUGUUAGUGUCAUGGUUGUGAACCUCUUCUACAGCAAUCCAGAUUUGAUUCCUCGCUCAAUCAGAGGUUUCGGCUACCUGAUCCCGCGUUCUGUCCCAUUGGAUCAGAAUCCAGAGCGUGCACUAGGGACGAUUUUCAGCUCCGAGUCGUCUCGGGAUGAUUCAAGAAACGAGAGCCAGGACACUGCAUCUGGUACCAAACUCACCGUUAUGAUGGGUGGACACUGGUGGGAUGGUUGGGCCCCGAGCGAUCUUCCAGACGAAAAGCAAGCAAUCGAAAUGGCUAAAUCUUUGCUGAGGAGACAUCUCAAUAUCAACGAGUUACCGGUGGUAGCGAAAGCCCGACUCAACCGUGACUGCAUCCCGCAGUAUCCCGUUGGAUAUCGAGACGACAUGGCAACCAUCCACGACGCUCUGCUAUCCCAAUAUGAGGGACGAUUGAAAGUCGCCGGGCCGUGGUGGCAAGGUGGCGUGGGCAUCAAUGACUGUAUUCACAAAGCACGAUUAGCUUCCUGGGCGAUUAAAUAUCAGUGGGACGACCAGACAGGAUUGGAGGACUACGCCGUGGAUGAGAGAUGGCUAAUAAAACACCGUGAUACCGGAGAGGUCCAAGUCGAUCCUGGUCACUGA